UGUUUAGAUAUUGAAAAUGAAUUAUUUAUAUUUGGCCUUAUUUUAAAACAGUAGUAAUUUAAUCAGGUUAGAAAAGUAAUCAAACCAAAAAUUAUAACAUUUGAAUACUCCAUCAUAUCACCAUGAACGCUAGCCUAAAUUCCAGUUUGUUGCAACGCACCAUAGAUCUACAGUAUGAGAACAAGAAGCGCUCUUAUUCUUUAAAGUGGAGUAUGAUAAAUGGCUUCCUCUUUAUUGUCUUCGUUUACGAUUUAUCAUGCAAAUGCCCCAACUACACUUCAGCGUUCCACUACGCGGAGUAUGCCUUGGCAAUAGUGCUGGGUAUAAGUUUGGUCCAGCAUGGCUAUCAGCUGUUCAAGCGGAGCCCACCGCUGGCCAUCACACCGAGGCAGCGAGACUUGUUGGGAGUAGGUGAUGCAGACACAUCAUUCCGCAUAAUCGAGCAGCAAUCGCUAUCGUCGCAGUCCAUAUCGCCGGACGUGUCGUCGCUGUCGGCGUCGCUGUCGCCGCGCUGGCGGCGCAACGCCGACGCCGGCGGCCGCUCCGUGUCGGCGUCGCCGCCCGAGCCGCCGCGCGCCGACACCACGCCCGACUGCUUCAUCUCAGACUACACGGAGCUGGAUCACUACCUCAAACAAUAUGAGGAGCGGAGCAUCCUCGAUUCUUCCCUCAACGUCAGUACCAGCAGUCCCACGCCCAUGCCCCCGCCACACUAUCAACUCGCCACCUUGGAUACAGAGAGCAAACUAGAAGAUUCCGGCUCGAACGACCGCAGUGGACUGAGCGGCGCCCCUCAAGUGUGGUGGCGCCUUCAACUCGACCCGCAGAGGCUCACCGACUGGAACCUCAACUUGAGACUGUGGCUACAUGUGACUAUUUUGGAGCGCUUGGUGAGAGAGAUGGCGGCCGUUGACGAGGCCUUCGCUAGGAUCGGGCUGCAUGACGUGAAACUGGGACAUGUAUCCGUGGAGCGUCUACGACAGAGCGCGAAGACCGUGGGUUGCGGGUCCUUGGCCGCGGUGCUGCCUUUCCUCGAAGCCUUCCCAGACCAGAAGUACCUCGUGCAAAGGAUUAAAGAACUGGCAGUUGGUGGCUGUCUCAGCAACUACAAAUGGAACGGUGGCGGCAGCGACUACGACGACAGCAAGCCCACCGACGCGGAGAUAGUCCUACACUUACUCGCCACCUACCUCGACGGACAACUGCCUGACGUAGGCCGCAAGGCUUUCACGGAGGGGCACUUAUCAAGCGCGCCUUCGCCACCGCCGCGCGGCGCCAGUGCGUUGUCUAUACAUAAAGUGACCAGUCGGCCGCCGCACUACGUAUUAGCACUAGAGGAUGACACUAUUGAGGUGUGCCGCGGCCGCAAUAACCUCCUGCAUACUAUACUGCUGCUGAUAGCCGCUUGCGCGCGGCGCACGCCGCCCGCGCUGCACCGCGUGCAUCUCGGCCCCGCCGGCCUCAACAUGCUGUGGAUCAUAUCCUAGGCAGCUGU